AUGAAAGAGGUGUCGAAUGCUAUGGAAUGCCGUUCCGGAAGUGAAAUUGACGGGCCUUCCAUUGCAAACGACACUUUGUCGUCUCACGAAGAUGUACAUGAUCUAGAUGGAGAGAGUCCGACUAAACCAAUUGAUCCUCUAUUGCAGAAAGAGCUAGACGACGGAGUCGUGCCUCACAAUCUAUCGUUGCAUGUGGAAAUGCUGCGAGGAAAACUUUCACGGCGCAACCAAAUACUGGAGGUUAUUCGCCGUGCGUAUUACCGGGAUGUGAUUGUUAUCAAGGAAGAGCUGCGCCAAAAGGAAUCGACAAUCUCGUUGCAUGGAAACUCAGUAAAGUUGCAGCAAGCGUUGUCAAGUCAAAAUAGAGCAGCAAUAGAUGGCGGCCUUUCAAGCGUACCAUCAGUUGAUUUAAGAGACGUUCUGCCUCUGUUUGCACCUAGCGAAACAAUGCUACAAGUACAUCCUUGUGAGACAUGUGGUGGUCACUUAGAGCUUGUUCAUGGCGAAACUAAGGAGCUUCAGGCAGCUCGACGAGAGAAGGUUCAUGCAAUGAAGAAGGAGCAAGAAAUGCGAGCUACUGUGCAGCGGCAGCUGUCCGAGGCGAGGCAAUUGGAGGAAGUCAACGAAGCAUUACAGCAGCGUAUGAAGGCCUUGACGAAGGAGAAUGCGUUCACGCUGGAGCAGUUGCAAGUCGCACGAAGAAAAGAACGCGAACAAAAAAUUAUUACUACUGACCUACGCUCCAAACUUCAGCUUAUUCAAGGUAUGCAAGAAAAAAUUGAUCGCCUCACUGACGAAAACAAUAAUAUGAAGCGACAGCUUUCUCAAUCGAAUGAAGAUCGCGAAAUUCUUUCUGCUUUCAGCGACCGUCUUAACGAACAACUUGCUCAAGUGACCGAAGCUCUGCAAUGCUUUGAAGUCGAAAAAGCCCGAGUCGAGUCCGAGCUCAGCACAACUUAUAUCCGUUUACAAGAAGAAAUUAUAACAUCAGAACAAAGGGCCGUGGACCUCGCAGUGCGCGAUGGACAACUUAGAGAAAAAACAACUCUUUGCGCAGAGCAACAACAAACUUUAGUCUUUUCAAAAGAAGAGCUCGUUUCGUCAUUGCAGCGAUUUGAUCAAACCAAGCGGCAUUUGGAAGACCAGCUUAUUGAAGAGGAACGUAUAAGGGAAGAGACGCAAGAACAAAAUCUGGAACUCCGCCGUCAAAAUAAAAAAUUGUUGAGGGAUCUAGAAACGAUUCAAGGACGUUUGGCGGGUUUGGAAAAAUCGCCUGUCAGUAUUGAUGCAAAUAUUCAUUCUGAGAGUGACUGUAAUGCGGCAAGUCAGACAGCGUCGAUGCGAGAAAUCUUGCUUAAAAAGCUGGAGGGCUUGGAGUACCGACUAGAGUGCGCCUUGAUGCGUGAGAACGACCUUGCAGGCCAUCUAGCGUAUAGGAAUAACGGUGAAUGUAAGCCACUGAGUCAAAAGCACGCGCUGAGCACAAGUAGAAUUAAAACUGUCAUCACACGUCAAUUGCGCCCCGAACGUGACAUCUUGCAGCCUGCGGAGGCUUCUGCAGUGAGAACAAUUUUGCAAAAACCAACUCUCCGGGACAUCAACACAUCUAACAAGCAAAAUACAGUAAUUGCUACCGCUGAACCCGUGUUAAAGGAAGAAGAUGAAUCGCAAGAGUCGCUCAAUAUUAACGAGAAAGACUUUGAGACCUAUCACAAAGAAAUUGCGCGUAUGCUAAUGGAGAUCAACGAAGGAAAGGUUUUAUCCGCUAAACAACAAAAAAUGAUAUCGGAACUAGAACGAAAAAAUCGUGUUCUAUCUGAUCGUCUUGAAAAUUCUCAGUUAUCUAUUGAGGCUCUCACUAGCAGCGUGAACACAAUGAAGUUGCGGCAGAAUCAGGAUAGUGCUGGUGUUACCGAGAUGAAGGAGGUAAUGGCGCGCCAAGUUGAGGAAGGGAAGAGAGAUCAGCUGUACGAAGCUGAAAAAAGCUCGAUAUUGGUGACUUUCAUGCGCAGAGUUUCAGAGUCUGUACAUGGAAUUAGUGACAAUAAGGCGCUCCUUUUUGAGCUGGAUCUUGAUGCUGUACCACCUGAUAACCCGCAAGAAGUUAAACUUGAUAUUUCCGGCGGUAUACAAACGAUGGAGCUGCAACGCAAAAAGCGAGAAGUACAUCGAAAGAUGCUUUUGGAGAAAACAAUGCGAAAGUUCUCUAUCUUGUGUCACAAUAGAGCUGAGUUGAUCGAAGUCGAGCUGCAAAAAUUGAAGGCAAAUUUAGAGCGUAUGCAUGAAAAUCUUGACCAAGCCGAAAAUAGGAUUGAUUCAGACCAACUCCAUAUUCGGAUACUUGAGGCAGAAACGUCAAAGCUUCGAAUAGUAGUCGAGAAUACGAAGAGUGAUUCUGGAAAACUGGAGCGAUCUCUGAAGCACAUGGUGGACGAGCUAAACGAGUACACAAAAACUUUUCAAAAGCAGGCAGAUGAAUUGACUAUGGUCAAAGGAAAUCACGAAAAGCUAGUAGAAAAUCAGGUGAAACUUAUGAAUCAGCUAUUAGAAAAGAAUGAGGCCUGGAAUAUUGAGAUUGCGACAAACAAACAGCUUAAAAAGAUAAUUGACAUGCUAGAGGCUGCUAUCAGUGACGGUGACCAAGAGCGCCGGGCUUUGCAACAAAAGCUUAACCAGAUCGAGGAGUUGGCUGAGUUUCGUCGCCGGACAAAUCGGAGUGUCGAAGUAUCUGUCAUUUCCGAAACGAUCAAUUCCGGAAUUCAGACGGAUCGGUGGAAGCCUCAAGGAUUAAUUUUGCGACAACGUAACGGCUCUGAUCGCGUUCCACAGCGGUAUCUUGAAAUGGAUAGUGUCCUUAAUUUAACAAACCGGGAGUUCGGGGCACUUUCCAGCCAAGAUCGAAUCACAACAGAAUCUGAUCCUGGUGGAUCUGUGCGUGGUCUUUUCGAAUUAAAUGUUUACCCAUCAGACAAAGUGGGCGGUCGGCAGAUUAAGACGAGUUACUCAAGCUCACGUCCAAAGGCUCUCUCUCGACUCUAUUUGUCGUCAGAUGGUGUCUCAGAAAAGUACAUCGCACCAGCACAAGGCCCGCAGCAGCGGGUAUCUUUCGAUGGAAGACCGUCUACAGUACUGUGA